AUGAUAAAAAAUUGCACAUCGAAGUAGAAGAUACAAGAAAUGGAUAAAUGGAUUGAAGACCGGAGAGACGAGCAAAACCCAUAAUCAGUUGUUGCCAAUCGCAACACCCAUUUGCCCGUUUGUUCGAUUAUGGGUUCUCUAACAUUAACCCUAGCAUGUGUUCCACCAAAAAAUCCCAAUUGUACCGCCACAAUCACUCGAAAGAAUUGCGUCAGAAAUCUGACAAUUUGUUCGUCAUAUUCGAUUCCAGUUAAGUUCAGGAGGAUUAAGCGUAUUGAUAUUCGAUUAUUAGCUUGUAAAUGCACUUCUGCAUUAUCAUCGUCAUUGAUUUCGGAACCCAAUUGGGUACGAGGAGACAAUAAAGCUGAGGAGGAUGAAAGGGUUUUUAUAGUUGUUAAUUUCUACCGAUUUGUGUUCAUCAAAGACCCAGAAGAGGAGGUCUCUAAACACCUUGAGUUUCUACAGGGUCGUGACAUCCAUGGUCGGAUAUACAUCAACGAACAAGGAAUCAAUGCGCAGUACAGUGGGCCAUCAGAAGAUGCUCUUGCAUAUGUCAGCUGGUUAAAAGAAGAUGAAAGAUUUCACGAUAUUCUAGUUCAGAUAUCUCCUCCUAUACGCAAGCAUGCUUUCCCAAGACUGAAACUGCGGUAUAAACCUUCUCUUGUACAGAUGGAAGGAGGGGUAUCACAUCUUCCUUUGAUCGACUCAUCUAUGCGAGCAACACCUCUCACACCAGCUGAAUGGAGGAAGAGAGUAGAAGCAGCAAAUAACAUUGAAGUUUCAUCACAUUUGAAUCCAAGUAGAAAAGUCAUUCUAUUGGAUGUGAGAAAUGGUUAUGAAUGGGAUAUUGGUCACUUUAUUGGAGCUCAACGACCAAAUGUAGACUGUUUCAGGAGUACAACAUUUGGGCUAUCUGGAUCAGAGGAUGUUGCUUCAGAUCCUCUAGCUAAUGUUGAUAAGGAAAAGACGGAUAUAUUAAUGUACUGCACAGGAGGCAUUCGAUGUGACGUAUAUUCUACUAUCCUUAGACAAAGGGGUUACAAAAAGUUAUAUACAUUAAGAGGAGGAAUUUCACAUUAUCUCCAGUGUGAGGGCCCAGUUGAAUGGAUCGGCAAUCUAUUUGUUUUUGAUGCCCGGCUCUCUCUGCCACCCACUUCGGUUAAACACGAUGCUAAAACUGAUGAAAGCUUAACACACGAAGUUUCUGAUAAUACCGUGUUUGCUAAAUGCUAUAUUUGUGGUUCACAAGUCUCUGAGCUGCGGCAUCGAAAUUGUGCAAAUCUGGACUGCAAUCUGCUAUUCCUGUGUUGUUCAGGGUGUAUGGAUGAUUUAAGAGGAUGCUGCUCCUCAGACUGUACAUCUGCUGCUCGACUUAGACCUGUGCUUCCCGGUCACGAAAGAUACCAAAAAUGGCAUCACUAUCGAGAUACAUAGAGACCCAAUUUAGUCGACCGAAUAGUAUUAGUAUGGAAGCAUUCAAUUGUAUUAUAAUUGCUUUUACCUUCUCUUUCAUCAAUGCAUGAGAGUUGCAGAAUA